CACCCUCCGCGUGGCGGGUGGAGGCGGGAAUGUGGAUCUCUUGUAACGUGAAGGUUCGCGAUUGCCUGGCUUCCACUUCCGUCACUCUGAAACGGUGCCUGAAAUUGGGGGUGACCAUGGCAAAGAGCAAGUUCGAGUACGUGCGGGACUUCGAGACUGACGACACCUGCCUGCCCCACUGCUGGGUGGUGGUGCGGCUGGACGGCAGGAAUUUCCAUCGGUUUUCUGAGAAGCACAGCUUUGCAAAACCUAAUGACAUCCGUGCUCUCCACCUAAUGACCAAAUGUGCCCAGACUGUAAUGGAAGAACUGGAGGAUAUUGUGAUUGCAUAUGGACAGAGUGAUGAGUACAGCUUUGUGUUCAAGCGGAAAAGCAAUUGGUUUAAAAGAAGAGCCAGUAAGUUCAUGACUCAUGUGGCCUCCCAGUUCGCCUCCAGCUACGUGUUUUAUUGGCGGGAUUACUUUGAAGACCAGCCCCUUCUGUAUCCCCCAGGCUUUGAUGGAAGAGUUGUGGUGUAUCCUAACAACCAGACCUUAAAGGACUACCUCAGUUGGCGGCAAGCAGAUUGUAAGUGAAAGGAAUUAAGCAGAUGUA